AUGGAUCAACUGUGGCGUGAUGUCCAGCUGAGAUUCCAGGCCAAUACCGGCAAGCAACUCAAUUUCAAGCCCCCGAAAACGCUAAAUGACUGUAUCGAGGCUAUCGAAAAUCGACAUCUGCUAGUGACUCCAAACGCUUCUACGAAGAAGCCAGGAGUAGACAAGGCCAAAGAGUAUGGCAUGGAUAUACUACACUGUCUGAAGCUGUUGGGUGGUGUGGCCUCCCAGGCACUCGGAAUGGUAUUCUCACCGUCAAGCCUUUGCUUCAACGCUCUCUCGCUGCUUCUAGAUAUCCCGGCAAAUCUCCAUAAGUUUCACAACGCAGUAGAUGGCCUGUUUGAAAAGAUCGGUCCUGCUCUCAGCAUGUUCAAGAUCUACGAGACAGUUGAACAGUUUGAUUCCAUCGAGUCCACAUUGAAGCAAGCCAUUCAUGAGCUCAUGAUCAGCUUUGUGGACAUCUGCUCGUUAUAUAUCAAGAUGCGUGACUCGAACAGAUGGGAGAAAUCUAAAACCGGGCUGAAGUUAAUUUUUUUGGACAAGGAUUCUGGUAUCCAGGAAGAAAUUGACAGAUUCGAAAACCUCACCAAGGCCCACCACAACAUCCAAGGAACACAGACGCUUAAGGUAGUCCUCCAAACCAACAGCAACGUUGCGAACUUCCUCGAAAAGUCAUCGGAAACCUAUGACAUCCUGAAAGAUUCAGAAGAUAAGCGCAAGUCCGACGAAGUCAGACGGAAGCAUCUUCGAAACAUCAAGGCAAAACUUGGUUUAGAGGAUGACAGUGUUGUGAAGGCUUCCAAGGCUAUGAGUGAUGAAUUCUAUCGCAAUGCAGUGCCUGAGACAGCGAGCUGGUGCAGGGUUAGCGACGAGCACAUGGACUUCCACAAAUGGGUGGACCGGAACGACGCUGAUGCGAACUCACUGUUUCUGCUAACCGGCGAAUCCAAGACUGGAAAAUCAUUUAUGAUGUCGUGUGUCCUCCAUCAACUCCGUGCUAUUUAUGAGUCGCCGAUCAGCUCCCUCCGUGACACCUCCGCCAGGCAAUCACCACGGACCUUGAUUGCCAGCUACUUCUUUCCCAGCAACACCAAAGAGACCGACAUGGAUCGACCAACCAUUGAGACAGCAUUGAAGUGCAUUGCUGUCCAAUUUGCCGACGCAGAUCCUGCCUACGCUCAGAGAACGUCAACAGAACUCGACGGCAAGGCAGACGCAGGGACGUUCGUCAAAGGGUUGUCUCCUCGAGAACUCUGGGAUUUCCUGGGCCUCGGGGCUCCAAAAGGAACGACUGCUCAUUACCUGAUCAUCGAUGGACUACCAGAUGGGCAGCAAGAAAAAUGUCUCGGACUUCUAGGAGGACUUGCCUCUCUCCCUUCCUCGGUUCGACUCAUCCUAUCCACGGAACAAGACAUGCGCAAAAAAAUCAGGAAUAUCUCCUCAAGGGCCUACAACCUGGAAGUUGAAAAGUACAGUGAAAGAGACAUCUGCUCUUAUAUUGACCGUGAACUGAAGAAUGAAGGCAUUCUCCAGGACCAGGACGUUGACUCUGCGAGGCUCCGAAUGAUGAUCGAGAAGGAUUUAUCUACCGGAGUGAGAGGCAGUUACUUCCGAGUGAAAACCGCACUGCAGAAGAUCAAAAUGGCUAUUGCGGCCUCCAAGGGCGAAGACGCGAUCCAGGGCAUACUCGAUGAGGCGAAAGAGAAGGAUGAGCAGGGAAUUUCUCAAGCCAUGAUUGACGCAUUGAAGGAUAGGCUGACUGCGAGAGAAAUCUAUGAGUUGAACGAGAUUCUAGUGUGGGUCAUCUUUGGGUUCAGCUAUUUCAAUAUCGAACAUCUGAACGCUGGGCUGUUUCUCUGUUUCAAGGAGCGCUCUUAUCAAUCUCUUGAAUCAAAGCUGGCGGGCAAAUACGCCAAUAUCUUCGACACUGGGAGCAGCGGCUCAUCUGAUAUACAGGUCACCGAUGACAUGAGACAGCUACUCACGAAAGAGAGAACAGAAUCGCGGCUACAGAAGAAGGAAGAUCUUGCAAAGUUCAGUAUCGAAAUCAAGAUCGAGAAGGCCGAGUUCAAAGAGGUACAAACGUUUCUUUGGAGCGUCAUGCAGAAAUUGACACAAGAGCAAUUUGCCUUCGAGAAGCGGGAAGAGCAGGCAGUCGCCAAGGGAAACAUUCAAGUUAACGAGUUUGACUCGCAUUUCACUAUCGUCCAGCGAACGUUCGCUCUUCUCGCUGCAGAACCGGACAAGAGAUCACAAGCGUUGGCACCUUAUCUUCUCGACUACCUUCCGCGACAUCUCGGAGUGCUGAGACAAGCAACUGGGCUGGACUUACUCACUGAUGCACAGAAUAGAGAGAUCGGUGAUGGCCUGUUCUCUCUAUUCGAGUCAGGAGAAGUCAUUGCAAGGCAUUGGGCCAGCUGCGAUGAGCUCACGUGGUAUCGAAAUCGUGAUGAGCUCGAUAAUUUUCUAACAUGGCUGAAAGACCCACUCGUCGUUGGUCAUAUCCGGCGCGUGGGCAAACGGAAUCGAGACUGGUUAGACCAACUUACUCAGAGUGAUGGGGAUUUAGAUCCGUAUGGUGCCUUGCUUAAGGAAAAUAAGAAAUCCGAUGACGCCGACUUAGCGGUAGAUCCCCUCGAUGCCGAGACUGUUGCAAAUUGGUGCAAGAAAGAGCUUGGCGUGGAAAGAAAAAAUCAACUUUGGGAAGAACGCCUCGCGGAGACUUUUCAUGCGGAGGGACAAUAUGCCAAGGCGAUCGAGAUGUACAACGCUGCUUUACUCGAACGGAGCUCGAGUACAAAGCUUCUAAAAGGUCUUGCAGAAUCGUUGGCCGCGGAUAACAGGUAUUCUGAAGCCUUCCAGAAGAUGAACGAGGCAAUCCUUGAGAGUGAGCAUUGCUCAGACAUGGCCGCCCUUUGCAACGACUAUAUGAGGGUAGCCGAGUGGCACAGCAAACUCAAGGACCCGAAACAAGCUAUCACUUGGAUACGAAAGGCGCUCAAGUUGGAUCCGGAAUUCCAAGAGGGGCCUUACAAGCUUCUACAAUCGCUUUUCGAUGACAAGGACGUAAAGGGGGCUACUCAAUUGCUAUGCGAGCUCGCGGAGGAUGCCCUAGACUCGAGCAAGGCAAACAAGUUCGGCCAGAUGAUCGACUACAUAGCGCAUGAUGCAUCUGAACAGGUCCUCACGAGUGAUGCAUCUGGACAGGUCUUCGCAAAUUUCUUCGCGAUCGUUUUCCUUGAGGAAAACGAUGGCCAUGCACUGUGUGAGCGGACUCUACGGGAGAUGGAUCGCGCCAUUGACAGAGCCAGGAAAGACAACCGACUGUCGGACCUAGGUACUUUACUGCUUUACAAAGGCGUGGCCAUAUAUUACUAUCCGGCCGUUCAGGCAGAGUUCAAGUCUCUAAUCGAGUCUGCCGUUGACAGUUGGAGCCAGUGUGUUGGAAUUGAUGACGGAAGCUUUAGCAGUCAAUAUGCCAGCCAGUUGCUAAGCGCGCAUCAUUUCGAACAAGCCAGGAAGUCCCGUGACGGAGAAAAGCAUCUCGAGGAACUAAAGUCUAUUGUGAAGGCCGAAAGGUUUUACGGUCUUUCCGAGUCAAGGGCAUAUCUGGCAGGCUACUUCGCGUUUGUCGAGCAGCCGGCCAAUGCUAGAUCGACAACUGAAGCAGUCAUCGAGGUAGCGUUUGAAAUGCUCUCCGAUGCUUCAGUCGAAAAUGACUGUUGGGGAUUUUACGACCUUGCAAUCAUCUUGAUGCAUUGUGGCGAUACCCUCAACGCCCUGUCCGCCUUCUCUCUUCUUUUGCCUGGGCCAGGUACGACGAACGUCAUUGCAUGGCUGCUCGAUUUUGACAUGGAUCCCGAAAAGAACCUUGGCCAAGAUCUCGCUGCGGCUGUAUUGGCAGGUUCAAGACCAGUUCUACUCAAGGAACAAAUGAAAAGAGUUGAAAAACAACUUCCUGAUAUCUUGGACAGCACUGAGCAGGAAAAGCCAAACAAGGGGUACGAGAAGAUCCGAGCGAGGCUUAAUGAAUUCCCCAGGGCCAAGGAAACCGGUGACUGGGAUUUCAUUUGCGAUGGUGGGUGCGGCAGGAGUUGGAAUUUUGACACGGCGCUAAACCACUGCAAGUUCUGCUAUGGUACAGGCUUUUGCGACACGUGCCUCCAGAUCCUUAAGAAUGGCACAUUGCACAAGCACUGGGUCAACGUCGCGGCCCUUAAGUGUAACAAAAACCACGAAUGGCUGCGCCUGGAGAAGUGGGACAAAAACCGCUACCUCGAGCCUUUGCGAGGAAACGUACUUGUAGGUGGGAAGCUGGAAGGGGGCAAACGCGUUGGGGGAGAACUUGUGCCCAUCUCAACGUGGCUGAGUGGACUGAAGCAAGAAUGGGGUUAUGAAUCAUGA